CUCAACACCUCGUGACGGUCGCGAAGGCCUAUACACCGAGCCCUGUGUCGUCCCCGACCGUGGUAGGAAAGAGAGACACCGACGCUUUCUUCUUGCCAAUUUGCCGUGCUUUCUUCUCCCUUUCAUUCUCCCAAGAGAGCUAGCUGAGAUAAUCGGAUUUGGCCCGUCCCAAUAUUGCGCCGCUCAGCCCAACUGAAUACCUGACGCCAACAUCCUUCAGUUUUUACCUUACAUCCACAUUCCAGCAUCCGUCAUUGGCUAUCCUUCCCGUACCUGAACUCAUGCUGCAGCCCGAGAUUAACCGCGGAAGAUCGUGAAGAACUAGGGAGAAACAGAGCAGCUGAAUCGACUCAUCAAGAUUCCAAACCGCCCCCACCACCCCUCUGUCUACUUUUGGUCACUGAUCCUCACUGCUGCUCACUGUUGCCCGACGCCAGUGCUGUACCUCAGUAUAUGUUUACUCCAAGCGACGAGUGUCUUCUCGAAUUAGAAAAGAAGCUGUGCUACGGUUCGCGUGCGUCUCGUUCGCCCAACAUUAACUGAUUUCGGCACAGAAGCUCCCCCAGGCGUUCAACCGGCUAACCUGCCUCUGGGAGCCCUCGAGGCCGCUCGUGUGCUGCGAUAUUUCAUCAGCACCUCUUCCAAACGCCACGUAGGCGUACGAUGAUACGAGAUAUAUUUAUAAACUGUUGACCGAAGUGCACUCUUGACAACGCCCAAGCAUGGUUGGGAUGGACGCUAUCAGCGCGCUCCUUCAGACGGGAUCAUGGAGGACCUCGCGCUCAAAGAGUCAGAACCCCUAUUCUCGAACUCCCCGUCGUACCGAUCCGCUCUCCGAGCUGGAUAUUCAUAUUGACAAACCCUUGGAACGGCGACGCAUCCAGCAAUUGCCCCCGCCUACUGUUGAAGACGAGGCGGAUUCUCUAGCCAAGGAAUAUGGAAGUCCGUCGGUCAUUAGUUCUUAUGAGGAUGAACCUCCCAAUCGAGGAGAAAUUGAUCAGUUAAUCCUUAUGGAGCCGGUUUUGGAAAAUAAUCCAGAGCGCCGCUUCGUGGUAGUCACGGGCCCAGGGGCCGGAAAAGAGAGCGAACCAGCACCUAGCAUUGUUGAGACAACACCACCCGUUACCUCUACUGACACAGCCCAAAUAAAGGAGACCAAUGAUUGCAAAAAGUUUGUUCUCGUUCCUUCAGAUGAGAUAAAAGAUGGAGACAAGCAAGAGGAAAAGAAAGAACCGGAACUCGCAAAGCGAAAGAGCCAUCAGGAUCUGCCACGGUUGGAUACCCACGUUCAAGAACCAGACAGCAAGGACGCUCCCGAUGAACCACCGAGUGACCGACAAAGCCCAGAGAAGUCUCCUGUCCAUCAGGAUGAUGGCAAAGCGGCUCGUAUCAAACGAUCAGGCAGCCGCAGGCGCCCAGAAGCAUGUGUUGACGAAGAGGAUACCAAGAAAGCAUCCUUGAAGCGAGCGAGCAGCCGUCGGCGCCCAGAGAUUCCUCCUGACGUCCAAGACUCUGCGGAUACUUCUAUCAAGCGAUCAAGUAGCCGGAGGUACAGAGAGCGGCCUGCCGACCAGGAUGCUAAGGAGUCCCCUAUCAAGCGAUCAAACAGUCGGAAACCCCGACAUCGACCACUUCACGAUCAAGACUUUGAAAUCACUGCUGAUUCUCCUGACAAAGUUAACCCAGGAGCAAGCGAAUUUCCUGCUAGCAUCGUCAUCCAAACGGCGGGUGGUAGGGAGCGUGCGUAUCAUGACUUGAACCAAGCAGCCGACGGAGUUUCCCAUCGUCGCUCAAAAUCCAAGCAUGGUGCUCGAAUUACCCCGUCAAAUAGUAGGCAGGCAUACCAUUUGUCUCCUCCACAAACACCAGGCCGACCGCGUCACGAGCGCAUGGUCUCAACACCUGACGUGCCUCGAAUCGACUCCAGAUCCCUUGAGCUGGAAGGACCUGGAAUAGCUCCGCUAUCGAUGUACCGAUAUAAUGACGCAGAUGACGCCAUGUCAUUCAUGGUACAGGAAGUUGUCAUCCCCGAUCAUGAUCUGACCAGAAAGUCUUCACCGCCGAGGACAAGCCGCAAAGAGAGCCCGCCACCGUAUCCUUCAGUUACAGAACGGAAGAGGAUGCCAAGUCAGUCUGCUACUAACAGAAGGCGUCGCAACUCCAUGGCUGCGCCUCGUGAUCGGAGAGAAUAUCCAAUCGGUGAUGAUCCUCGUUAUCAACAGUUAGACCACCAUGAACAGCCCCAGUCGUUCCGCCCUGCGGUCGAAGAAGACGCUUCACUGAUGGCCCUGAAACAUCGUUUGGGUGCAGUGGAUAUUGGUUUAGAGUCCCAAGAUGUGGUACCUCAUCCUGCCGCUCUUGCACUGAGGCAGCAGGACCAGUUCUCGGAGGCGAGUGAUCCAGGAAGCUCGAGAAGCGCUACAUUCUCUGCUGAGGGAGAUCACAGGAGGGGUAGGGCCGGUACCUACUCCUUGACAUCUUCCCCUCCUAACGGUAGAUUGGGACCCGGGAGAGAAGAUGAAAGCAGUCCGAGGACCAGGCGGCGGGCUCGUUCGCGGACGAUGGGUACGAAUCCCUAUUCCAACAGCUCUCCAAUUUUGUCUGUGCCAGGUCAUCAUUCUUCAAAUGGGAGCAAUGCGCUUGCGAAAGUCUCUUCACCGUUGGCAUCUCCAUCUCUUACACGACAAGAGCUCGUCAGCACCAGACCAUCAGCCUCUUUCUGGGAUCAGAAUCCAUUCGAGCCUGCGGGCCGUAGAGCUCCAGGCGCCAGACCGAUCCUCUCCUUCCGGAAUUAUUCAGAAGAGGUCCUACAGGGGCUAACACCUCCACUGCCCGACUGCCCCUGGCAAAUUCCUGGUUUACCGUACAGUAGAAAUCCAGGCGACCGCUUUUGGAUCCUUCGCGGGGCCGAGAAUUUCUUGGUAUGUCCUCAUUGCCACUCGGAGCUCUUUGCCAAUAGCCAGUUCAGACUCGAGUUCGUCGCCACUUCCUUACGACCCGACCAGCCUGUUUUGUGUCACCUUGGCUCUUCUUUCUGGUACCGCAUGGCAUAUUUAAUGACACUCAAGCAACGCUUGCCAGACCUGCAACUCAUACGAAACGUAGCUACGGUUUCAGGGCGCCAUCCGCCAUGCAGUGGACCUCAGGAGACAGCCCGCAAGUGGUACGGGGUGUGGGAUUCGUAUAAAGGGGACUUUGUGCCCCUUUUCGAAGUCUGCGUGGGCUGUGUGAAGAUGCUGGAGGCAGUGUUGCCGAACCUGGCCAAUACGCUAUAUCCAAUAAGCCCAGAGCCAUUCAUAGCCUAUUGCCAACUUCACUACGCACCUGGCAGGAAAAGAUUCAUAGAAUACUUCGACCUUUUCGAGAUGACUUCGGACUACGCACUCAGCCGCCGAGCCGCACCCGACAUUGGUGAUCUCGCGAACAGACUUCGCCGAAUUGCUAGAGUCAAAGAAUGCCCGCCGUGCCCCAAAGACCAGGCCCUUGUUGGAGCCUAUUGGCAUACCAUGAAUUUUCUCCCCGAAUUCACAGUGUGUGAGGAAUGCUACAGAGAGGUGAUCAAGCCUAUGCUUGACGCCAACGAUCGCAGGAGCGAUAUCCCUUGGAACUUCCUCCCCGAGAGACUUUUAUCCAAGUCAAUAGCCUCUUGUCAGCUCUCUAGCGAACGCAUGCGGGAAGAGUUCCGUGAGGCAUGCCGGCUCAAUGAUUUUGGUUAUCUUGACGGCAAAUAUAUAGAAAGACUGGGAAGUUUAUUGACACCUGUGUCUAGAGGUGGGUGGUAAGGAAAGGGUAUGCUGCGGCAAGACUAGGGGGUUAGGGAGACGGAUAGACAAAGCUGUUCUUGUACUGGAAGGAUUAGAUAUGUGGUAGGCAGGGAGUGUUUAAGAGGUCCAUAGCAUGUCAGUGAUGGAUGGACAUAAGCGAGAAGGUAAAAGUAACAGUGAGAUUUGCCGGAUGAUACCACUUUCAUGAUACCAUGGUAGCUUGGGGUCCAUCCAGCAAUGCGUCUACAAAGGAUACGUCAGACAAAGUAGCGGAAGACAUCAAAGCAAGGAGCAUCUUUGAGUACAUGUGUGGCCUUAGAUCUGGACUCCGGUCCCUUGCUACUCGUGACCACAAGCAGCAAGAUGCGUCUUCUGGCCUCCA